GGUGUCGCUUGGGCUGUUCCCACCCAGGCGCCCGAGCCAGUCGAGCUGCGUGAGCAGGAGCAGCGAGUGGAGGCGGCGGCAUGGAGGGCGCGUGCUCGGGCGAUUACCAGACGUUCGUGGCCCUGCACGGACCGGCGCUCAGCGCCUCGGGGGUCCCGCCCUGCUACUGGAAAAGCCUGUGGCACAAACUGGAAAACGAGGUGUUUGAUGCUGGUGAGUACUUUGGAAUAAUGCAAGUGGAGGAGGUGGAAGAAGAAGAUGAGGAGGAUGAAGAGAUAGAAGAAGAAUCAAAGAAGAAAUCAAACCCUGGGAGACGACUUUGUUACAAAGUGAUAGUGACAAAUGAAAAUGGGCUGCAGGCAGCACAGCCUGACAGCAUAUUUCUUAUUGACCAUGCCUGGACAUACCAUGUUGGACACGCCCGUCAGCAACUACUGCAGGUCCCUGGUCUUCUUCAGAGAAUGGCUAACUUGAUGGAAAUAGACUUCCAUGGCGAAGUGCCAGAUGAUCAUACUGUCAGUCAAGUGUUGGAGGAAAUGUGGAAAUACAACCAGACCUAUCAGCUGUCAUGUGGGACUGCUGAGGAGAAGGUCCCUGUCUGGUAUAUUAUGGAUGAAUUUGGAUCCCGAAUCCAGCAUUCAGAUGAACCCACUUUUGCAACAGCACCUUUGUUUUACAUGCCACAACAAAUUGCUUAUACUGUUCUCUGGCCCUUAAGAGACCUCGAAACUGGUGAGGAAGUGACCCGUGAUUUUGCCUAUGGGGAAACUGAUCAUUUAAUUAGGAAGUGUCGACUAUUGCCGUGGCAACCCAGUGAGGUUCUUGAUAUUAAUUAUUUCACCACUGAGCCAUCAGAUGAUCACUACCAGGCAAUCUUAAAUGAAAAUAAGGAGAAACUGCCUGUUUCCAUAAAGCUUCCUGUUUAUGACAAGAAUAAAAUCUUCAAAGUUUACACAGACCUCCAACAAGUGCUGCAGAAUUUGACUCACUCCCGCUUUGAAUUUACGAACUCUGAGCAAGAGGCAGAUAUCCUGUACAACUUCUCUCACUUCAAAGAUUACAGGAAACUAAGUGAAGAAAGGCCUCAUGUGAUGUUGAAUCAAUUUCCUUGUGAGAAUCUCUUGACCGUGAAGGAUUGUCUGGCAUCAAUCUCAAGGCGUGUUGGAGGCUCAGAAGGACCAAAAUGGUUGCCUCGUACCUUUAAUCUUCACACAGAAUUGCCACAGUUCAUCAGUUUCUUUCAGCAGCGUGAAAGAAGAGGGGAAGACAACCACUGGAUAUGCAAACCGUGGAACUUGGCCAGGAGCCUGGACACUCACAUCACCAAGAGCCUUCACAACAUCAUCAGGCAGCGAGAGAGCAUCCCUAAGGUGGUGUCUAAGUAUAUUGAGAAUCCAGUGUUAUUUCAUCUUGAAGAUGUGGGACUGGUGAAAUUUGAUAUUCGUUAUAUUGUGCUGUUGCGAUCAGUUAAACCGCUCAGGCUAUAUGUUUAUGAUGUAUUUUGGUUACGAUUCUCAAAUAGACCAUUUUCACUUGAUGACUUGGAUGAUUAUGAGAAGCAUUUUACCGUGAUGAAUUAUGCUCCUGGAGUGUCUUUAAAACAGAUCCACUGUGACGAAUUUAUCCCUCUCUUUGAGAAGCAGUAUCCUGAGUAUUCUUGGAAAGCUGUUGAAGAAGAUAUUUUUAAGGCAUUUGUUGAAUUACUCCAAGCUGCUUGUGCCAAGCCUGCACCACUUGGCAUCUGCGACUAUCCAUCCUCCCGGGCCAUGUAUGCCAUUGACUUGAUGCUUAAGUGGAGUACAUCCAGUGAUGGGAAACCAUACAUGCAGCCUCAGCUGCUGGAGGUGAAUUUCAACCCUGACUGUGACCGAGCCUGCAAAUACCACCCAGCCUUCUUCAACGACAUCUUCAGCACCCUCUUCUUGGAUGAGCCCGAGGAGUGCCACGUGACUUGCAUUGUGUAGCUCCACCUGGCUUCACCCGGCUAAUGUGUGCUUCUCAUUUAUAUACGUAUAUUUAUAUUUCAGUUCUUUGAGCUGCUUUUGCAAGAAUAUUUCUUACUGGUAAAAAAGAUAAUGCCCUAUUCUGUCAGAUGGAAUAUGUGUAUGGUGUACUUGUAAGCAGUUGUCUGCUUUUUUUAAAACUGGUCUUGCCUGUUGAUACUUUAUCACCAGCUUUCCCUCCCCCUUACCCCCACUUGUAUACUAAAGAUUAUGGAAGUGCAGUGACAGCUUCUUUUGUUUCUUGUACUUGCUUUCAAUGAAGCUUUUCAUAGCCUGCUUUAUGAUUUACUGCAUUUAGUUGAGGCCAUGUUUAUCUUAAUAUGGCUGUCUCUGCCUUUUAAUUUGGAAAAGUAUAACAUUUUAUUUCAAGGAUGCAGCAGGCUUGUGACCAUAUGAUUUCCAGUUUUGAUUAUAAUAAAUAAUGUCGCAGCAAAAA